GUUUGUCCAUUAGACGUAUUAGAUUUUUGGCCAUCCUGUUCCAUGAGAGCCACGGUAACAGGGCUAAUAUUUAGUCUGAGAGGAUUAUACAGAGGUCUAGUUGUACCGAGAGCUAUGUCGAGUGACUCAAAAAUGUCUCCCUUAGAGCGUGAAAUCAAAGGUAUUAUCUUAAGUAAAGAUGAUAAAGUUGUCAUGUUUUCGAAAUCUUCCUGCCCAUUCUGUAUAAAGGCGAAAAGGGCAUUGACAGGAAAUAACAUUAAGUUCCGUGCGAUUGAGUUAGAUGGAAAGCCUGAUAUGAACGACAGGCAAGAUAUCCUUGGAAAGAUAACUGGCGGAAGAAGUGUCCCUAGAGUUUUUAUCAACGGAAAGUUCUAUGGAGGAGGCGAUGACACAGUUAUUGGGGUUAAAAAUGGAAAAGUGGCAGAGCUUUUAAACCAAAAGUAAUCACAUGGCACGGUCACAUACAUUGUCCAAUGUCUUACUGUGAGGAUUCCUCUUGAAAAAGUUCCAAUACAUAUAUACAGAAAAAAAAUCAUGAUUGAAAAUAUUGACUUUGUGUUGUCCUCUUCAGAAAAAUGGUUUCUUUUGUAUUUACAAAGCAAAAUAACUGUAAAUACUCACAUAUUACUGUCAUCAAGUAUAUUAUAUAAGUAUUUACUAUUUUGAAUUGUUUUUUUAGUUAUAUAUGUCCUUGUAUAUCCUGGCUUAUAAGUAUAUUGUACAUUUGUAUUACUGUAUGUUAUUUCCUUUCUAUAAAUGUUUGAUUGUUUUACUCAAAACAUACAUCAAUAAGACUAAUUAUACCAAAGAUGAAUAUUUAACUUUAUUGGUUGUCUCCUGAAAAGAAGUUAAAUUAACUAAACAAUAUAUCUAUGUAACUUCAGUCAUAGCUAAAUAUAAUGUAGGUUGAACAUCCUUAUGCAGAGUAAUUGGUUGACUGUGUAUUAACUCAUGAAUUUAUCACAUUACUGUACGUGAUGUUACAAAAGGUUUUAACAUAUGCUUGUCUAGUCACUAUCUAAUCCAAACUGUAUUCUUCAAAUGAUGUAAAUUUUGCAGGUUUACAUCCUUUUUAUGUUUGUUCUCGCUCUCAGAAAAAAUAAUCCUUCCAAAAAAGGCUAGAGGUGUAUCAAAUGAAUUCUUGGUUGUAUUGAAUUUCUGAUGUUUCUGAUUCCAUUGUACAUUCACUAGUGAAAUAUAAAUUGUGUAUUGACAUUUCUGGUAGUAAAGGAACUCUAUUAUUUUAUCCAUUUUCAAAUCUGAGUAAAGUAUUAUGGCUUUCAA